UAAAAUCUAGUCCCUGAACUACCCUAUACAAUGGUCUACUAUUUCAAAAGUAUGCCUUCCGGGCACACACUCUUUAUGGGCCUCGACAAACAAGAAAACGAACACUUGAUCAAGCAUGGUUGGCCCGAACAGGAUAUCUGGUUCCACGUGGACAACCUCAGUAGUGCCCAUGUGUACCUCCGUUUGAACCCAGACGAAGACUGGCAGCUGAUUCCGGGCGAUUUACUCGAAGAGGUGGCUCAGUUGACUAAAGCCAACUCGAUCAAGGGUAACAAGCAAAACAACAUCACCAUCAUCUACACCCCCCAUUCUAACUUGCACAAGGACGAGUCGAUGGACACCGGUACCGUUUCCUUCAAGAACCCGAAGCUCGUGAGAAAGCACUAUAUUUCCAAGAGGAACAACGCGAUUCUCAACCGAUUGGACAAGACCCGCACGAUCAAGACCGUCCAGGAGUUUAAAGAAGAACGUGAGGCCAAGGACGACGCAGAUCGCGAGGCGUUGCGCGCUUCCAAGGCACAGGAAAGAGAGUCCGAGUGGAUGGAGAGGGAGCGAAUCAGAGACGCCAAGCACCGGAAGGAAACUAUGUAUGCAGACUUGUUUACCGACGAAAACAUGACCCAAACCAACGAAAGGUUUAAUGAAGACGAUUUCUGGUAGGUGCCGUUGAAUCUUCAACCACGUGCACUGCCUUACCAACCAGUGGAAAUACCUCCAAUGCAGGCCACUUGUAUCACCAAAGUAUGCUCAGUGACCGCCUCUUGUCGAGUUUCUUUCUCCCAUUCCAGAAACCUGUACCCACCUAAGGCGAGCCUUUUUU